AUGUAUAACAUCAACGCAAUUCUCGCUGCUUUUCUGUUCGGUUCGGCGGCUGUCGCACAGUCGUUGCCCCCUUCUCCCACCGCAUCUGUCGGGUGUCAUCCUCACGGUGAUCAUUGGCAUUGUGACGGACCAGCAUCGGCCACUUCUUUAGUAACUCUGUCCGGCACUGAAAGUAGCGAAGUCUCUCAAACCCUUGCGCCAAGCCCCACGGAGUCUGUCGGUUGCCAUCCGCACGGUGAUCACUGGCAUUGCGAUGGACCUGCGUCAGCGACCGCCUCAUCCACAAGCUCUGUCACUGACGACCAUCACGACGAGGAAACUACAAGCCUGCCACCUAGCCCAACGGAAUCUGUGGGCUGCCACCCUCACGGUGAUCACUGGCACUGCGAUGGGCCUGCCGUGACUGUGAGUACAUCGUCUUCAGAGCCUGUAGAAACGGGUGGAGUUGGAAAGGUCGGAGCUGGUAACGCUGUGAUUCUAGGAGGACUGCUCGCGGUUGCGGCAAUAGGUCUAUAA